GUGAGCGGGCCGGGAGGAGCGGCUGCGGUCCUCGUAGCGAUUAUUUCCUCCUCCACUAGCCCGCAUCCCCUUACUCUAGCCCGACGCUUCACCUCUCACCACCCUCCCCGGUUCCCCACCGUAAAGCACUGGUCCCCCAACUUCCUCCGCGCCACUGCCGCGGGACUUAGUGGAGUCAUGGCAGUGCCCUUUGUGGAAGACUGGGACUUGGUGCAAACCCUGGGAGAAGGUGCCUAUGGAGAAGUUCAACUUGCUGUGAAUAGAAGAACUGAAGAAGCAGUUGCAGUGAAGAUUGUGGACAUGAAGCGUGCCAUAGACUGUCCAGAAAAUAUUAAGAAAGAGAUUUGUAUCAAUAAAAUGUUAAAUCAUGAGAAUGUAGUGAAAUUCUAUGGUCACAGGAGAGAAGGCAAUAUCCAGUAUCUGUUUCUGGAGUACUGUAGUGGGGGAGAACUUUUUGAUAGAAUAGAGCCAGACAUAGGCAUGCCUGAACAAGAUGCUCAGAGGUUCUUCCAUCAACUCAUGGCAGGGGUGGUUUAUCUGCAUGGUAUUGGAAUAACUCACAGGGAUAUUAAGCCAGAAAAUCUCCUAUUGGAUGAAAGAGAUAACCUCAAAAUCUCUGACUUUGGCUUGGCAACAGUGUUUCGGCAUAAUAAUCGUGAGCGUUUAUUGAACAAGAUGUGUGGUACUUUACCGUAUGUUGCUCCAGAACUUCUAAAGAGAAAAGAAUUUCAUGCAGAACCAGUUGAUGUUUGGUCCUGUGGAAUAGUACUUACUGCAAUGUUGGCUGGAGAAUUGCCAUGGGACCAACCUAGUGAUAGUUGUCAGGAAUAUUGUGAUUGGAAAGAAAAAAAAACAUACCUCAACCCUUGGAAAAAAAUCGAUUCUGCUCCUCUAGCUCUGCUGCAUAAAAUCCUAGUUGAGAAUCCAUCAGUAAGGAUUACCAUCCCAGACAUCAAAAAAGAUAGAUGGUACAACAAACCACUCAAGAAAGGGGCAAAGAGGCCCCGAGUCACUUCAGGUGCUGUAUCAGAGUCUCCUGGCGGAUUCUCUAAGCAUAUUCAGUCGAAUUUGGACUUCUCUCCAGUAAACAGUGCUUCUAGUGAAGAAAAUGUGAAGUACUCCAGUUCUCAGCCAGAACCACGGACAGGUCUUUCCUUAUGGGACACCAGCCCUUCAUACAUUGAUAAACUGGUACAAGGGAUCAGUUUUUCCCAGCCCACAUGUCCUGAUCAUAUGCUUCUGAAUAGUCAGUUGCUUGGCACCCCGGGAUCCUCACAGAACCCCUGGCAGCGCUUGGUCAAAAGAAUGACACGAUUUUUUACCAAAUUGGAUGCCGACAAAUCUUAUCAAUGCCUGAAAGAGACUUGUGAGAAAUUGGGCUAUCAGUGGAAGAAAAGUUGUAUGAAUCAGGUCACUGUAUCAACAACUGAUAGAAGAAACAAUAAACUCAUUUUCAAAGUGAAUUUGGUAGAAAUGGAUGAGAAGAUCUUGGUCGACUUCCGGCUUUCUAAGGGUGAUGGAUUGGAAUUCAAGAGACACUUCCUGAAGAUUAAAGGGAAGCUGAGUGAUGUUGUGAGCAGCCAGAAGGUUUGGCUUCCUGCUACAUGAUAGAUCCACUGGCUCUGGGAUUCCUGGUGAAUAUAGUGCUGCUAUGUGGACAUUAUUCUUCCUAGAGAAGAUUAUCAUGUUCUGCAAACUGCAAACAGUAGCCCCUGAAGAGUUGUCUUCCCUCUAGCCAAACAAUUUCCAAUUCUUUUUGUAUGUUCUUCAUACAAAUAAUACCUAUAUCUUAAUUGUAAGUAAAACUUUGGGGAAGGGAUAGAUAGAAUUCACUAGAUAUUUCUUCAUCUGCAUUUAGUGUCUGAAUUUGAGACCCACCUGGUGGAAACCAAGCUCUGGGGAUACGUGAGCUUACCAGCUUUUAUACCAACAUAAUGAAAAAUGAUACUCUUGUCCCAUUUUUACCAAAACAUUAGGUUUCAUCCAAAAAGUACAUAUUUCCUCCACUUUGACUUAAUUACAUGGAUAAAUUAGUAAAAACAACCUUGUGAUUUUGGGACAGUAGAUUUAUCAGUCUGUGAAGUGAAGCCAGCUUCAAAAAAUAUAUCCCCAAGAUUUGUACUUAUAUUUUAAAGCCUGACCAGGUGUAUAAACCUGUUUUUGAAUUAUAAUUAUUAAUUAAAACUGCAAGUAGGUAUGUUUUUUCUGGUGUAGGUAAUAAUAUAUAUGAUUGGUCUUUCAAGUAGAAGUUGAGCAUAACCUCUAGUGCUUAACUACCUUUACUCAAAAUUACUGUUGCACAUUUUAAAUAUUUUUCUAUAUUAUUUUCUACUUUCACAGCUAUAUUUUAAUUCUUUAUUACAGAAAUAAAUUCUAUUUUGAAAAUGAAUAGCUAACUCUGUAACUUAUUGGUGACUAAGCUUCUAGGUGAUAAGGCAUGAAAGAAGGAGGGGAGAUGUAAGGAAGCUAUAAUGGACAUAGAUCUGAUUCCUGGCUUUUUUUUACCUAUUAGUUUUAGUAAGACCUUGUUCUUUCAAUAAAAUUUAUAUUAAUUUUUGAA